UCCCCGCGCCAUUCCCUGCGGACACUCGCUCGCAGUCUACGCAGGCGCACACCCAGAGAGAGAGAGAGAGCGAGAGAGAGCAUCCAUGGGGCUGGGGCACCUUGUUCCUGCUCCUGCCGCCUUGGCUGCCUUGCUCCUGCUCCGGGGCGGAGGCCUGGUGGCGGCGGGGUCCCUCCGGUAGGGGAGGCGGCGGGGGCGAUGGUUCCUCGGGGGAGCCAUGGGGUGCCUGCAGAGCGUGGCGGCGUGCAAGGCGCGGGUGCGGCGGGAGAACAUCGUGGUCUACGACGUCUCGGCCUGCAUCGAGCCCGGGGCCACGGCCAUCGAGGAGAGCUCGCCCAUCGUCCUCCGCUACCGCACGCCCUACUUCCGCGCCGCCGCCCGCGUCCUCAUGCCGCCCAUCGCCCGCAGGCACACCUGGGUGGUCGGGUGGAUCCAGGCCUGCAACCACAUGGAGUUCUACAACACCUACAGCGACCUCGGCAUGUAUGUAGGAGGGCAGGCCUUGGCCCCAGGGCCAUGGACACAGACAUAGCCAUCAUACCUAGAGCCAUACCCAUCGCCAUAGACACAGCCAUCAUAGAGUUGGAAGAGACCGCAAGAGCCAUCCAACCCAACCCCAUUCUGCCAUGCAGGAACUCCCCAUCAAAGCAUCCCCAUUGACAGAUGGCCAUCCAGCCUCUGCUUAAAGACCUCCAAGGAAGGAGAGCCCACCACUCUCCAUUGAGGGAGUGUGCCCCACUGCCAUAGCCAUGAUAGCCAUUGCCACACCUACAGCCCCCAGCAGAGCAAGGCCAUCCCUGGACCCCUUCACAUAAUUUCCUGUGGGUUUGUUCCAGCUAUUAUGUGACCUUGUUCUAGGAGACUUUAUGCCUUAUAUUAUUAGUAUUAUUAUUAUCAUCAUCGUUGUUGUUGUUAAUAUUAACAUUUAUUUAUAGAGCGCUGUAAAGUUUGCACAGCAUAGCAAGGGUCAAAUAUGUAAGCAGCAGAUUGACAACGUAAGGGAUAAAUGUGAAGUCGAAGGCUUUCAUGGCUGGCAUC